AUGGCGCCAGUGACUGUCGAGAGACCGACAGAGGCGACGUUGGCCGAGAACGGCUUAACUCCGGCCGUCGAGACUCCAGCCACGGCUCGAGCCUCUCAGAUCAUGGCGAAGACCGCCAAGAAUCCAGCGGAGAAAGCCGCGGACGCGAUGGAUAUAGAUCCACAAGCGUCGAGCUUCUCGGCGGAUACCCAGCUACGCCCCAAGUCCCCGGACGUACGAGUCCUCUCGAAAGAAGAGAGGAUCCAGCUCCUCGUCAAAGAACACGUAGCCCUUUGGAAGAGAUUCCUAGUGGAUCAACCGUUAGGCGCUUCGGAGGGCAACAGAGCACUCCUAACUCAAGCGCAAGACAGCCAACGCGCUCUCCAGAAGUUGAUACCUCGAGCGGAGGUCAAGGAAUACGUCAAAGGUUGGAACCCUUGGACCGAGAAAAAGAACCUCUUCCCGGUUCUUCAACAGGAAAGAAGCGGGAAGAACAGGAGCUCCUCCUCCCGAUCCAAUUCCUACAAAGCGCCCAAGAUGAACGACCCGCGUCGUUGGAAAAGACUUAUGAAAGCCUGCCACACCCUCGAGUCGGGUUACAUGAACAUGGAGGAUUAG